AUGAUUACACCUCUCAACUUAUACAUCAAACUUAUGGGUGUGUCAUGUUUCGUCGUGGUGUCAUCUCUUCACCUCGUGGUGACAGGCAGCCCUGACGGCGUGGUCCGUCUCUGGUCCAGCCCUCAGGGUUGUCAGUUCGCAAGUCUCUCGGCUCCAGGAAUAGUUGCCAUCCUGGAUGUGGCCGUGGUUACGUCUUCAGAAAUUGUGGUAGCUUAUUGUAACAAUUGCAACAUUCACAUCUGGGACUUGUUUGAAGAAUGUCUACUUCAAACAGUGAAGAUAAGAUUUCCAUUUCUUGGUGUGCUUGGCAAAAAAGUUGAAUUCGGACCCUAUUGCAUUCAUUUUGGUCCUCGUCAAUAUUAUCAAAGAGUGCAGCAUGUGGAAGACGAUGAAACUAAUGAAACUAGUGCCAACGAAGGGCAGAAGAAAGUCGCCAAUGGUCCAAGGUCGUUGUUGUUUUCGUGUUGUGACCACGUGUUUCUACUGUCUCUGGCACGUGCCCAGACCUCUGCUCCCCCACCACCGGCCGGCGUGCUGCGAUCGAGACGACCCUCAGUUUGGGAAAUACCAGACUUUAUAGAAGGAUUGUCACCGAGACCAGCCGGUCCCAAACCAUCGCAAUCCACCGACGUUCUGACUCCAGUCGCUGCAGACUCCUCGUCAGACCAAGACCUCGAGGAACUCCUGGAGAAAGCGGGGCUUCAGGGAAUAUUAGAAAAAGAUUUUGUCCUGAUGAGAGGAUUGAAGCACGACUUGAAUGAAAAACUUCACAGAAUGGGAACCGUCAUGAAGACUAUGCAUGCGGCGGUGUCUCUUGGAGCACCUCACCUAGCACUCGUUGCCUACCCACCAGUAAAUGUACCGCGACCCACACUCGAGCGUAGUUGGAUCACGAGAUUCAUCCCCGAAUCUACUUCAAACACGCCGUCUGGAAGUGACCUUUCGACGCCACGAAACUGCAAACUCAAGUUAUCACAUAAUUGAUUGUAUGUUGUUAAUACUGUAA